AAGAUGGCAUGCACAUCAAGCGACGACUCAUCCAACUCACCUACCCAUUCCCUAUCACAAUAGUUUUAAUUGGUCUAAAUAACUACCAACAUUAUGAAGGAAAAUGGCAAAUGCAUCACUCUGUGUUGGACUAGUAUGUAUUGAUAUUGUUGCCGAAAGUGAAAGAUUUCCUGUAGAAGACACUGAUCAUAGGAUUCCAAACCUUUCGUACAGAAGAGGAGGAAAUGCGUCCAACUCAUGCUCUGUUUUGUCUCAACUGGGAAUGAAAACAGAGUUUUUAGGAACUCUUUCAAACUCAAUACAACUGGAUUUCAUUCAAAGAGAUUUUGCAGAACACUCAGUUUCAAUUGAACACUGCCCUAUUUUCCCUGAUUGUGAGUUUCCAACAUCCAUUGUGAUACUUAAUGCCUGCAAUAGUACCAGAACCAUUAUGCAUCAUCCAACGAAUUUACAAGAGCUGGGUGUCCAACAUUUCACCAAUCUUAAUCUAAACAAUUAUUCAUGGAUUCAUUUUGAAGGAAGGAGUGCUAAUGUCGAUAACAUAAAACAAAUGAUUAAAUUUGUGCGGGAAAAUUCGAAAUCUAUAAAAAUAUCGGUUGAAAUCGAAAAGACACGCACAGUUCUCGGUGAACUCCUCCCACUAGGAGAUGUUGUUUUUAUUUCGAAAGAAUUUUCUCAGUUUUCUGGCUUCCCUACCAUGAAAGAAGCAGUAAAAGGAUUUAUCGGUUUGUCAAGACCAGGGUGCAUUGUCGUGUGUGCCUGGGGGUCAGAAGGAGCGGCUGCAGGACAAAAUGUUGAUGGGACAGAUGUGGUGAAGUGUCAAAGUGCUUCUGCGCCUUGUCGUAUCAUCGAUACCCUUGGAGCUGGGGAUACAUUCAACGCCGCAUUCAUCUAUAGCCAAAUUAACCUGUGGGACUGGAAAAAAGGGCUUGAAUUCGCUUGCCAAAUUGCCGGUUGCAAAAUUGGUUUAAAAGGAUUUCUAGGACUCGAACAAUUCAAGCAGACCUUUUUAUUUGAGGCCUCAGACAAUGACAGGUAUCCCGAUGGGGCUGUUCGCCUUCGUAAUCCCAAUAUUGAGCUGAUGGACCAGGACAUUCUUUAUCAUUUGGCAUUGGGGAGCGGAAGCCAUGACCUCCAGCAAAUGUUUGGCGACGUUAAGUUUGUGUGCAUGGGGGGUACUCCGAAGCGCAUGGAGCAGUUUGCUAACUUUAUUAUGGAUGAGAUCGGUUACAAAUUGCCAGCCGGAACAACUCUGCUGGACAUUUCCCAAUAUUCCUACCGAUAUUCGAUGUACAAAGUCGGACCGGUUCUCUCCAUCAGCCAUGGAAUGGGCAUUCCGUCAGUUGGAAUUCUACUUCACGAAGUCAUUAAACUAAUGUACCACGCUCGAGUUAAAGAUCCCGUCUUCUUCCGUCUGGGAACAUGUGGCGGUAUUGGCUUGGAUGGCGGACAACUGGUAAUCACGGACGAAGCCGUGGAUGGCAUGAUGAGACCAUUCCUCGAAUUGCCAGUUUUAGGGCAAUUGGUCCAACGACCAUCCAAGCUCGACACAGAACUGGCCAAAGAAUUGCAGUCUCUUUCUACUCAAGACGAUCCCUUUGAGACGCACGUUGGUCGAACUAUGUGCACUUAUGAUUUCUAUGAAGGACAGGGACGUCUAGAUGGAGCAUUCUGUGACUACACUGAAAAGGAAAAGCUGGAAUUCUUGCACAAGGUUCAUGACAAUAACAUUCUCAACAUGGAAAUGGAAUCCUUGGCCUUUGCAGCGCUGACCCACCAUGCAGGAAUCCGUGCGGCAGUCAUCUGUGUCACACUGCUCAACCGCCUUAAUGGUGACCAGGUGGCUUCGAGCAAGGAAGUCUUGAACGAGUGGCAAAACAGACCUCAGGCCAUCGUCGCUCGAUACAUCAAAAAGCACAUGGGCAUGACAGGCCCAGCUCCGCGUCCUCCUCCACCCGGGCCCAAAACGGUUGUCAACUCAAAGAAACUCAAAUUCGUCCGCGAGGAAUCUCAAAGCUACGAAUAGCAUUAGGAUUCACAGGGUUCCAAAGAGGAAAUUCGACUCCGCAGUGUCCUGGUAAAGAAAAAAUUGAAAUUUACGUCAAGAUUCCACCCGAAUAUUUUUAUCUGACAGCUGCUGUGUGACAGUCGAUAGCGUUUGUUUGUUUUUUUUUUUCCUUAAGAGGUAAAUACUUGUGUUACGUAGUGAAUUCGAUCGUCGUUAGAGAGCGUGUUAUUUAGUAUCACUGGUAUUCAACAACAAAAGUUUUCAAACGUGUUUCUUUGUACACAACGAAAGCUCUCUCCCUACUCUGAAUGUUGUAGUACUGUAAAUUCUCUUUUUCACUGUUUCAUUGGGAUCCUUUAUUUUAUUUAUUUUUCAUUAAUUGCGCACUCGUCAUUACCGAGUUUAGUUGUUGUUAAAAAGGCAAAAUUAUUUGAGCAAUAUUUGUUCCAUACAUCCAUACAGUAACAUUCCAACUUGCGGAACGAUCCUUCAGACUCUCCCUUCACGACGACGGAAGUCGUUCCGUUAAUGUUUCACUGUUUGAUUCCAAUUGGUCUUUGGCUAUAUUAAAGUUCUGGGGCAUUUGGCGAUUUCUUGUAGUUACAUAUUUACAGAAUCUCCUUGUAAUUCGUGGCGUUUACUUUCAAUUACAAAAGAAAGAAAAAACAAAAACAAAUCCUGUAGAGACAGCCUUCGAUGCAUAUGAUACGGCCGACCAUUUAGUCGUGCAUUACCGUCAAGACGGAACGAGAGGUUUUUUCAUCAUCGUCUGGAUGUUCAGUGUGUUACGUAUGUGUGUGUGGGUGGGUGUGGGUUUUGGAGAUUUCGUCUUUUCUUCUCCCUUUCUCGGCAUUGUUAACGUCUCCAGCUACAUCAGUUGUUGACUUUGAUAAGUGAAAAUUUUUUUUUUCUUUUCUUUUUCUUUUUCCCAACAAGAAAUUAUUUUAAAAUAGCUAAAAAUUCAACCGGAGGAAGCAAGGAACACAACUAACAAAUAACAACAACAUACUGGUGGGAAUGCGAACGUUUUCUUAUCUUUAUAUAAAUAUUCUUUGCGUGCUUGACGUUGCACAGUGUGUUUCUCAAUGGAUGUCGGUAAUAAUACAAUAAAAUAGACAUUCAAAUCUAUAUCGUGACCCACUUUUAUUUUUCCAAAAAAAUUUAUUUUCUUCUCUUCAUUCCCCGAGGUGAGAUGAUGAUAUCUCCCUGCGUCGAGAGUUUCUCUCUCUCUUGAAUUCCGUACAUCAUUCACGCUGUAUUUUGUGUCGUCCCAUCGGCUCGACUCGCCUAUACACCCACUCUCUUCCCUUUACUUUUCCCAAAGCCACACGUAUACGUUGCACGCUGCCAGGACGUACACAAUAAUAUACUGCGUGUAUAUAAAUGCUUAUAUUACUUUGACUGGUCGUGACAGGACACCAUCGAUCAAACAAGCAGCCGGGCAGAAGAUCAUGAAGAAGGAAUGCGCACACCGCGCAUUGUGGGUUUUCCCUUUUUUCUUUUCUUUUUCUUUAAAUGUUACUUUUCAUUGUUAUCGCGAGAAGAAGCAAAACAGAGACGAACUAGUUUUCAAUCAUAAAUGUUUGAAUGUAUUUCGAAAAAUUGGGUAAUGAGGUGGCUACACUUAAUUGUCAUGUUUUUAUUGGCUGCCUCGUAUUUUCUUAAUGGUUUUAUUAUUUUUCUUUUUGUUGUUGUUUUGUGUUGUCGUUUAAGACUUGCUAGAGGUUAGUUGCGCCUGCGCAAGGCAACAAUUUAAACGAAUUUGAUAUGAAGGAAAUCGAGGAGGAGUAUAAGAAAAAUGGAGAAUUGGAGAGGUGUGAGAUAAUAGUAGUUGCAGGACGUUGCGGAAUGCGGGUGGGAGGAAAUUUCGGAAAAUAUCCGUCGACCGCUCCGUCGAACGUCCAGAUUGUUUUUUUUUUUUUUCUUCAAUGAAAGGAAUAAAUGCUCCGCAAUCUUCUAUCGGAGACGUGGGAUGUCACAGACAUGUCGAUGGUCCUUUGUUUUCUCCGGCCCACCGAUCGAACAACCACUCCCAAAUGGAUAAGUGGGACAAAAGAGAGGACAGAUGUGCCAUUAUUACAAGUUGCCAUCAGCAGAUCGCAACUCCCUCCCUCUAUGUAACGGAUAUGUACAAAAGCGCGUUUUUUUUUAAAUGAUGAAUAAUGAGGGGAGGGACUGGCUCUCACGCACGCUAGAAA